AUGGCCAUUGAUCAGAGAUGGGCGACGCUUGGGCCUUUCAGGGAGCGAUUGGAGCGAGUGAGCAACCUCUCUAUUCAGCAGGCAUCUUCCACCUAUGCCUCUUUGCUGCGGAACUGCACGGACUUGGCACAGGGGAAAGAGAUCCACACGAAACUGAUAGACUCCGGCUUUGACACCGAUACUUUCCUCGGGAACUUGCUCGUCCAGAUGUAUGGAAACUUUAGCAGUCUCAUGGACGCCCAAGCAGCGUUUGAUCGGAUCCAGCAGCCCAAUGUUUUCUCCUGGACUCUGCUUCUUACAGCAUAUGCCCAUAACGGGGAUCUUGACACAGCUAGAGAUGUUUUCGAGAGAAUGCCUUCCCAGGAUUUGGUUUCGCGGACGACCAUGCUCGUUUCCUACACCAAAAACCAGAAAUUUUCAGAAGCUAAAGAAUUUUUUGACAAGAUGCCAGAAAAGAAUGUAGUAGCAUGGAAUAGCUUGCUUACUGCUUAUGCCAAGAAAUGGCAUUCUGCAGAAGCCAUGAUUCUUUUCGAGCUUAUGAAUUUGGAAGGAGUAAAGCCGAGCUCUCUCACUUUCACUGGGAUUUUCGGUGCGUGCGGGGUUCUUCCCGCUGCUUUUACAAACAUGGUGGUGGAAAUCGCCAUCGAAAGUGGCUACUUGACGAAUCCUUUCGUGGCGAGUGCCGUGAUACACUUGCUGGGACGACAGGCGGGGUCUCUUUUCAAAGCUCGCCAACUUUUUGACAACAUUUCUUCUCCCACUGCUGCUGCUUGGAAUGCAAUGGUGGCGGCGUAUGCAUGGAACGGGCUUUUCACGGAGGCGUACCGGGCUUUUUGUUUGAUGGACUUGGAAGGCGUCCAAGCGGACGAUAUCUCCUUCCUCAACGUUCUCGCGUCUUGCGAGUCUUUCAGCAUCGCCCUCGUCGUUCAAUCGGAGAUCCAAGCCUCGGCAACGAAAACCUCUCGUUCCAGAGUUCUCGGAACCGCAUUGAUCACGUCUUAUGCGAAGUUUGGCAAUCUAGAAGCUGCAAUCGCUGUGUUUUAUGAUAUUCACGAGCUCGAACGCGAUGUCGUUGCUUACACGGCCCUGGUGGGAGCUUACUCCAUGCAUGGAUUCAGCGAGAAGGCCAUACAGCUCUUUUGCUUCAUGGAUCUUCAAGGGAUGAAAGCCGACGAGGUUGUGUACGUGAGUCUCUUUGAUGCUUGCUCCAAGGAUCCGGGAUACUUGAGGCAAGGCCUGAUGCUGCACGAAUUCUUGGUCGAAAGUGGGGUUCCUCUGGACGUGAUCCUCGCUACAUCGAUUCUCAGCAUGUAUGGGAAAUGCGGGAGCGUUGCAGAUGCUUGGAAAGUUUUCGAAACUGUGAGCAGUAGCAGCAAUCCAGUUACUUGGAACUCCAUGAUCUCCACUUUGUCUCGCGGCGGUCACUGCGACGAAGCGCUCCAGCUCUUCCGAGAAAUGAGCUUGGAAGGCGUCGCGGGGACUUUGAGCACCUUGGUGAGCGUCUUGGAAGCUUGCACUAGAGUUGAAGAUUUGCCACAGGUCCAGCUUCUCCAUGCCAUCGCUAAAGGUCUUGGAAUGGAGGCUCAGGUAGCAGCGUCAUUGGUCACGGCUUAUGGCUUUUGCGGGGAUCUACAUCAAGCCAAGAGCGUUUUUGAGAGAACCAAGGCUCUGGAUGUGGUGUUGUGGACUGCUAUGGUGGCUGUUUAUACCAAGAGUGGGCUUCCUUGUAGUGCUGCGAAGACUUUCCAGGAGAUGGAGCUGGAAGGCGUAAAAGCUGACGAAGUAUCACUCAUGGCCGCCAUCGAAGCGUUGGACUUGAGCUUUGUCCAUGCGAGAGUCGUGGAGAUGGGACUAGAAUCGCUAUGGAGUGGAAUCAUCGACCUGUAUGGAAAAGCUGGCGAGCUCGAGCGAGCUCGUGAGGUCUUUUGGAGCGUGAGCGAGAGCCAAAGAAACGCCGUGACUUACAAUGCGUUGAUUGGGGCCUACGUCCAGAGUGGCGAUUGCGAGGGAGCUCUCAGAGUUUCCAGGCUCAUGGAUCAAACUGGUGUCAAGCUCAACGAUAUCAGCUACCUGGCAAUGAUCGAUGUUUGUGCCGGCAUGGGGAAUUUGCCGCAAGCCAAGUCUCUCCACUCCCGGAUCCUGGGAGACGCCACCAUUGCAAGCAAGAACACCAGGAACAAGCUUGGAAACGCGUUAAUCUCCAUGUACGGCCGGUGUGGAGACUCGAGUGCUGCCGUACUCGUGUUCCGGGAUCCGUGGAUGGAACACCAUCGUGAUAUCGUAUCCUGGAACUCGAUCCUCGCUUGCUACGCUCAGAAUGGAAGAAGCGAGGAGUCUGUGGAGAUGUUUUGGGAGAUGAGGCUGGAUGGAUCUUGUCAGCCGGAUGCCAUCACCUUUAGCACUCUUUUGAGUGCUUGCAGCCGUGCUGGAUUCGUGGAUCACGCUCACCAUUGCUGGCUUUGGCUGCGAGAGAUUGAUCCUUUGGGCGUGGCAACUGGUGUGGAGCAUUACGUGUGCAUGGUGGAUGUUCUUGCUCGGUCGGGACAGGUUGGCAAGGCCGAGGAUUUGAUCCACAGCAUGCCAUACGAGCCUGAUGAUCUGGGGUCAGAGCCUUUACCCGCUAUUACGUCCGUCAGCGUUGCACCGUCAUUUCCAGCUAAACAAUUGUACUCUUCGUCCGUACACGGGGACUUGACGCCGUCAGUGCGGUUUAGUGUUUCUGCCCAACGGGCAUACGCUUUGUCCAAGUUGAGGGGCAUUGAUUGUGAAGAAGGCGACAGCGAUGGUGCUUUGGAGCAGCGGCGCGGAGCGGCGAGAUUUCCAGGUCGCGAUGCCGCAUUCUCGCCCAGGCGCGCAUUGCUAGAGGCAGGGAUUGCUGGAUUUCGGCCGUGGAGGAUUCCGGAAUGGAGCGCAGGCAGGGAUUGCAGAGAUUCUCUCGCUCCGGGGCGAGGCCGAGCUUUUGAUGCGCCCGGGGAGGGGAUUUCUUGCUCGCAUUGCACGAAAUAG